CCACCAAUCACAUUGAAGCCCCCCUCUCCGGGCAAUCCCAUAGGCGGAGGAGUGGGCGGGCCUGUGUGCCGGGAGCAGAGGCUGGCAUGUAACCAGAUACAGAGCAGGGUCCGAGAGGCGCAGCAGUAGUGGGAUUAUUGAGGCACCCGAGGGCAACACUGGGUCACCCGUAUCCGUUCUCCCUCAGGUGUGACACCAGCUCGGAGGGCGCCAUGCUGCCGGAGAAUGGAAGCGGAUCAAGAUGUGUCGCUUAAAGAGCAGCUUUUCCACGAGUGGAUCCGGGAAUGCAUUAUCUGCAGCUUGCUGUUCUCCGUUCUUUACCUACUUUCGUACAUGAUAAUCACCAAAUUCAAGAAGCAUGCUGAUUUUACAACCGUCGAUGUUGAAGAUGCCGCUGUUAACAGAAUUGCGCUCUGGAUGUGUACGUUCACACUCGCCGAGUCCGUGGGGGCCGUGCUCCUGCUGCCUUUCUCAAUCAUCAGUAAUGAAGUGCUGCUCUCGGUGCCACACAAUUACUACAUACAGUGGCUCAAUGGAUCCCUCAUCCACGGCCUGUGGAAUCUGGUGUUCCUCUUCUCCAACCUGUCACUAGUGUUCCUGAUGCCUUUUGCCUAUCUCUUCACAGAAGCGGAAGGCUUUGCAGGAUCCAAAAAGGGAGUCAUGUCCAGGGUAUAUGAGACCUCUGUAGUUCUUCUUCUUCUCACCCUCCUGGUCUUUGGCAUUGUGUGGGUGGCAUCUGCCAUUGUUGAUGAUGACUCUGCUGGGAGAGAAUCUCUUUAUGACCUCUGGGAAUACUACCUACCGUACCUGUAUUCUGGCAUCUCUCUCCUUGGAGUCCUUCUCCUAUUAUUGUGCACUCCUUUGGGCCUGUCCCGGAUGUUUUCUGUCACCGGAAAGCUGCUGGUCAAACCUCGGCUACUAGAGAAUUUGGAGGAACAUCUGAGCUGUACGGCAUUUGAGGAAGCGGCUAUAUCCCGUAAAAUCUCCACUAAAGCAUCCUGCUGGUUGAACCUGAACAUGGAGGCUCUACAGAAAAGGCUCCUAGCUAUAAAGAGCCAGAGAAUUACAUUAGAGAUGAGAAGGAAAGCAUCUCCAUGGCAACGCAAUUUGGUGUACCCCCUGGCCAUGCUACUGCUCCUCGCACUCACGGGCAUCUCUGUGCUGAUUGUCUGCUUCCACGUCUUAGAGCUUCUCAUUGAUGACUCUGCCAUGCCCAAAGGGAUGCAGGACUCUCGACUCGGGAAAGUGUCUUUCUCUGUCUUUGGUCCGUUUGGAGCAGCUAUUCAAGUCAUUCUUAUUUUCUACCUGAUGGCCGCCUCUGUGGUUGGGUUUUACAGCUCUCCUUUCUUUACAAAACUCCUUCCCCAGAAACACGAUACAACCAUGACCAAAAUCAUCGGAAACUGUGUUUCUCUUCUCGUGCUCAGCUCUGCUCUUCCAGUCUUCUCCAGAACUUUGGGUAUCACAAGAUUCGAUCUUCUGGGUGACUUUGGGCGCUUUAACUGGCUGGGGAACUUUUAUCUGAUCUUCCUGUAUAACGUGCUGUUCGCUGGCCUAACCACACUUUGCUUAGUGAAGAAGUUUACCUGGGCCAUACAAGCUGAGCUCAUACGUGCAUUUGGACUGGACCGAUUACCUCUGUCUGUGACCAGAAUACGUAGUCAAGGGAAAUCCUGAUUUUACCUCCAGUGAGAGCUGUCGUCUGUCAUGAUGCACACCUGGUAUCCAGGUCCUUGAAUCCAUGGAUGGUCACGCAAUCUAUUCAGAAGAUUGCUCUAGUAUGUAGGAUGUGAGUGAAGAAGUCUCGUGACUGGACUUCUGUUACUGAAACAUUGGUUCAGAAACUACGUGUUAUGAGGUUGUCGGUAUCAUCUUACUGGCUCAGGAUCUGAAUGGGAAUCUCAGAAGGCAAAUACAUCGAAUGAUUCAAUAAAAGCUGAGCCAACCUUUUGAAGGGGUGAAAUGGACCCCUAACCAUUGCUUGAAUAAUUUUUUAUGCUGCUAAAGGGUAGGAGAGGGAUGGAGAAAGACUUGUUUUGGUUUUUUACAAAAAAAAAUUUUUUGUUUUUCUUUGUUUUUUUAAUAAAGGGUAUGUGCGUUGAUGGGAUACAUGCAACCCUCCCAUUGUUUCAAGGAUCACCUUUUAUUUAACAAAAAGACUUAAAAGGUUCAUCGUAUGAUAUGAAAGAACAUUUACAUCUCUUUACACUAAGGAGAUCAUCUCAGAAUGGAUAUAAUGAUGAAAGGCGAGUGCAUUUGUAAGUCCCCUCCACUCUAACUAUGCUUGUUUACAUGAACUACACUCCAGCCUUUGGGGCCUUUUGUUGCCAGCUCAUUGGGUGCUGUGGUCUUUGGGAAUUGACAAGAGUAUACCAGCAUCCUAUUAAAGUCAGAGUUGAGAGGCUCUCCUGUCCCUCGUAUGAUUGUCUUCUGUGUCUCUUCCACUCAUUUUAUCAGAGUUUUUUGUGUCUGUCCUUACCUUUUUGUUUUUCCAUGGUGUGUGUUACUGUGGUGAGUGUGUAUUAAAUCUAUAGCAGGAUCAGUAGGUAAACCAUUUGUAAAUAAUUCUUAUGUUGCUCCACUUUUUUUUUUUUUACUUUUUUUUUAAUGGAGUUCUUAUUAGAUAUGCAGUAUUUUGUAGCAACCGUGUAUCUGUCUCCUGUCUGCAUCUUUGCUGGUAUGUAGAAAGCAUAAAACAUGACAUUGGGUUGCAGGAAUUAGGAGUUAACUAAGGUUUACAAGUGGUCAUAAGUAACAAGGCCGCCUAUGCCCCAUAUAGUUACCAUGACCUUAGUUAUAUUUUUAGAUACUUACUGCAGUGUAUUGAUCAGUGAGCAGCAGUCCACUAAAUUGACAGAUUUCUAUAGCUGUACACAAGUUGCGUAUUAUUGCAAUAUAUUUGUGGUGGAAGGAAGGGAACCCUGUGCAGUAAACACCCAUCACUGUUCACUUAUGUAUUAUUUAUUUUAAUCAUUUAUCAAAGAAAGAUAUUUUAUCGCAAAAGGGAAAGUAAGUUUGUACCCAAGGAAAUGACUCCACAAGGAUAGCCAGUGCUUUAUGCUCUCCAGUAAACCAGCCAUUUUUAUUUUUUAAUAUUAGCAAAGUUUUUUUUUUUUUUUCUUUGUGCAGAUUUGGUGUUGCCGCGGCUAAUUGAAUAUCCCCCUAAGUAUUAAUAUCAAAGUAAUUUACACAUGGUGAUUGGUUUAUUCUGAUGUGUGGGAUAUUUUGUGUUAAGGCCCAAACUCUGCCAGAUGAUAUAAGUUAUAUGAUGAUAAUAAUCAUCAUCUUUGAUUAGUUUAUAUAAUAACCUGUUAAACUUUUAUAUGAGAAGGUUUUGGAUGUUUGCCCUUAGUAAAGAUAUUUAUUGCUCAGGUACCCCUAAGGGAUGUGUUGGGAUAAUAAAUUACAUGGGAAUAGCCAGGCUUCUGUUUUCAUAUUUCCAUCAAGUUUAUUGUAGAUUAUACAAAUAUCAUCCUCCAUGAGAUUGGUCAUGGUAAUCCUUGCUGAUUGCCUUAGGAUCCCUAGAAAAUGUCUUGGCCAAAGAGUGACCACUAAAAGUGAAUGUUGUCCUAUGCCACUAGCUGACUGUAAUGUGUUGUAUACCCCACUCCUGCCUUACAGAACGUAUGUCCUGCUGCAUAAUAAUCUGUUUCUGUAAUGUGAUUUAAUGUCUUUUUUUAUUGUUCAUUGCAAAAAGUUUUAUUUUGACUGAAAAUACAUAAAAAAAAAUGAUAUAGAUAUAUAUAUAUAUAUAUAUAUAUAUAUAUAUAUAUAUAUAUAUAUAUAUAUAUAUAUUUUUUUUUUUUUUAUUAUCAGGAAAGAGAAGUGAUUUCAGUAUUACCAGGUUUCUCACUCUUUCCCAGCAGGAUCUUCCAGAAGAUAUUCUUGAUAGAACAUGUACAUAAGUAUGAGGGUGUGGAAUGUGUAGCUCUAUUAUCCGUUUGAGCAGAUGUGACUGUAUUCUUGUACAGUGAUGUCUCUGAUACAACUGCCAUUAUUUUGCACGGAGAGUAUUUUAUCAUUGAUUGUAAACUGUUUACUUUGGAGAAGAAAUAGUUUGCGGACAGUGUUUGCCUUACGGUAUAUUCUUUUUGAUGGGGGUUUUUUUCCCCCUCUUUUCAUUCUUUGGAGCGUCCAGGCUCUUGCAUGCCUCCGUUCACUUGAAUGGAAAGCUAAACAUAAAACAAGAUAAAUGCUUAGAACUUCUUAUGCUCAAGAAAAAUUACCACUGCAUCAUUUUCCAUAGUCCUUGGACAGUGUGUGAGGUUAAAAAAAAAAAAGAAAGAGAGAGCGAAAAUAAUUUGGGCAUAUCCAGGGAGCAAUCAACAGGUGAACAAGGCUCUGUGAUAUUCUAGAAACUUUAAAGUCUAUUCUCAAGCUCCUGCAGCAGCAGCUUUUCACCUCCAGCUAACCUAAAUUUACUGUCUUAUUUGGAUGUGCCCUUGUGCAACUUUUACUAAACGCUGUACGUUUCCUAUCUAGCUUCUUCAUGUGCUGUGUAGCUGUACACUAUUUUGAAAUCCAACUUUAUCAUAAAUGAAUGAAAAGAACAGAAGAAGCCAGAAUGAAAAACAUUGUACAAUGUAAAAGAUGCACAAUGGCUGUCACAAGGUAGUGAGUUAGUUUCUUGAAGUGGAAACCUUUAAGGAUCAUUUAGCGACGAUGAGGUAAUCUGUGGUUUUCUGUCUAUUGUGGGAAUGCAAGUCCUGGUAUGCCAGACCUCAUGGCAUGAUGGAAUCUGUAGUCCCAACACAGCUUCUAAUUUAGACAUACAGUAUCUCUUGUUACUAGAAAUUAGAGAGUAAAAUGUGAUUGACUGACGUUCCUUUGUAGAUUUGUAUGACCUCGCAACAAGUGUCUGUAAUUGACAGAAAAAGAAAUUGCAUAUGAAAACUGUGUACAGAUGGAUGUUAUGAUGGAGUUGUAUGGUUUUUAUUUAGGAGAAUUGAAAAUAUUGUUUUUAUAAUUAAAAAUCUCCUGUUUUUACAA